GCCAAAGCCCUUGUGGAGAGGCUGAGGAACCAUGAUGAUGAAGCAGAGUCUCUCAUCGAGCAGACCACGGCCCUCAGCAAGCGAGUGGAAACGAUGAAGCAGUAUCAGGAAGAAAUCCAAGAACUCAAUGAAGUGGCAAGACACCGGCCAAGGUCCACGCUAGUUAUGGGAAUCCAGCAAGAAAACAGACAGAUCAGAGAAUUGCAACAGGAGAACGAAGAACUGCGAACAUCCUUGGAAGAGCACCAGUCUGCCUUGGAACUGAUAAUGAGCAAGUACCGAGAGCAGAUGUUCAGAUUGCUAAAAACAAAAACAAAAACAAAAAAAAAACAUGACCCACGUAUAAUAAUGAAGUUAAAAGAGCAACACUCAAAGGGUUUCCCUGUGUAGCCCUGGCUGCUGUCCUGGAACUCAACUCUGUAGACCAGGCUAGCCUUGAACUCUUGAUCUUUCUGCCUCUGCCUCCUGAGUGCUGGAACUAAAGGCAUGUGUCACCAUACCCAGAAAUACCUCACAUUUUU